AAUUCAAUUAGUUGGAAACGUUAUGGUGCGUUUGACCUGACAAUAUUCAAGACUAAAACAUAUACACGGAAGCGUUUGAAUUGAAUCAAUAUGUUUGUUUUUAAUCGGGGGAAAGCACGAACUCUAGUAAUAUUUGAAGUAAUGUUAUACAUUUAUGAAACCCAACAUCACUUAACAAUACACAUGUGGUUAUCAUCAUAACAUAUAGCUACAGUAAAGCGAGCCCAAAAGUGGCGGAACUACUAAUAUCAUUGCGAUGUUUCACGACGACUUCCUUUGCCAGGCGAACCAGGUUCGUUUGAGCACCAAAUCCAUGACAGGAGGGUGGCGCUUCAUUCAGCGCGUUGACGUUGGAGAACCGGGAUCGUAGUCGCAACCUCCGUUUGAAGCUCGAGCUGACUCCACCGCACUAUACACGUGCACGAUGUCACAAUAAAAUACCGCGAGCUGAGAUUAUAUUACUUGUUUUGAAGAUAUUUCAGUAUCUCCAGCGCGGACUGGCUUCCCGUCGUUAGCUAGCUUCCUGUUGACGCCGGUUGGGUUGUUGUUGUUGUCGUGGGGAUUUAGGAGAGCAGCGAUGUCCGAGUCCGGUCACAGUCAGCCCGGGAUGUACGGGCAAGGGCGCAGGAGGAGGCGACGCCGGGGGGACAGAGAUGUGGGGCCUCCGGGGCUAAAUCUGUCCGGCCCCAGUCGGGACCGAGAAUAUCAACCGAGGGAACGCAGGGAUGGGAGCGAGGAUCCACCGGGCCCUCUCAUUCAGAAGACCCCCAUUAUUCUGGCAAAGCCCCCUGGGGAAAGGGCCAAGCCCUCGCAGAAUGCACCUGUCAGUGGAGCUCCAGUUCUGGAGAAGCCCAUUAUGCUAAUGAAAGCCAGGGAUGAUGGAGCGAAGCUGGGAACCGCUCCUGAUGCGGCAGCUCAACCCUCUGGUCCUGGGCCCUCCAAGAUGGAGAGGGAGGGGCAGCGACCCACCCAGCCUGUAUACCAGAUCCAAAACAGAGGAAUGGGUGCUUCUGCAUCAAGUAGCGCUGUGGACCCCAUGGUUGGCCAGUUUAAACUCCUCCCUCCUGAGAAGAUGAAGCACAGCAUCAAGCUCGUAGAUGACCAGAUGAAUUGGUGUGACAGUGCCAUGGAGUAUCUGAGGGACCAGACAGAUAUGUUGGUGGUGGGAGUCAUUGGCCUGCAGGGAAGUGGGAAAUCUACAAUCAUGUCACUGUUAUCUGCCAACACUCCUGAGGAAGAUCAACGGGGCUAUGUAUUCAGAGUGCAGACUCCAGAAAUCAAGGAAAGAGGAGGAAACCAGAGUACAGGCAUUGAUUUCUUCAUCACACAAGAGAGAGUCAUUUUCUUGGAUUCACAGCCAAUGCUCAGCCCGUCUAUUCUCGAUCACCUCAUCAACAACGAUCGGAAGCUGCCUCCAGAGUACAACCUCCCUCACACAUACGUUGAGAUGCAGUCUCUUCAGAUCGCCGCCUUCCUGUUUACAGUGUGCCAUGUGGUCAUUGUGGUUCAAGAUUGGUUCACUGACCUAAACCUCUACAGGUUCCUUCAGACCGCUGAGAUGCUGAAACCCUCCACUCCGUCUGCGAGCCAUGACAGCACUGGCUCUUCAGGCAAUGACGAUGGAGCAGAGUACUAUCCUCAUAUAGUGUUCCUCCAGAAUAAAGCCAAACGGGAGGAUUUUUGCCCAAAGAAUCUGAAGAACAUGUAUAUGGUUGUGGACAAAUUGAUGGCCCACUCUCAUCUCAAAUACAAAGGUAUAUUGUCCAUGCUCGACUGCAAUAUGUUUCCUGGUUUGGAGCAGGACUAUCUGGCCACUGAAGUCAACAUGUUCCUCCUUCCUAUGCAGGAGAAUGAUGGGGAGGAUACUGUGACUAAAGCAGGGACGGGGACAUACCCGCUCUUCUCUCUGCUGCCGGUUUACAGAGGUCAUCCUGCUUUCUCAACCGUGGUUUCAAAACUCCGCAGCCAAAUAUUGGCAAUGCCCCGCUGUCAGCUGUCACACACCAUUCUCACUGAGAAGAACUGGUUUCACUAUGCAGCUCGUAUCUGGGAUGGGGUGAAAAAGUCCUCGGCCCUCUCUGAGUACAGCCGCCUGCUCUGCUAACUCCUCGGUUGAUCUGCUGUCGUAUACAAUAGCAGUUGCAAGCUGUUAUGUCUGAUGAUCAGGUCACAAAAAGGAAAAUGUGGCUCUCAAAGUGGAGACCGUUGUUUGCACCCUACAGGUGGGACAAGUGCACCUGGAGGCCCGGUCAGUGGUAAGGGGUCCGAUAAUAAAGCAGGACACCGUCUCCAGACUGGUGGGAAUGAAAAGCUGCAAACCUCUGGCGCUCAGGGUCAGAAAGUUGUGCUUCUGCUAUGUGGAAAGGACACAGCUGCAGCCUGCACGCAAGUGGUGAGAGAGCUAAAUAAAAACAUCUCUGCUCAUGUUCGAACAAGAUGGGAUAUUUUUUUGCUUUGCAAGCCGUUAUGGACUUUCUGACGUUUCGGUCUUUUACAUAUGAAAAUGUAGAAAUCUGUAUUUUCUUUUCAUUUUCAUUCAAACCUUUAUGAAAAGGGUAAUUGUGAAUUACUCAGAAAUAAAAGGAAACUAAAGUAAAAAAUA